AUGGGCGUUACACAGAUGCGCCCCCUGCUGCGCAGGGCCCGCUACGUUUUUGGUCGUAAUAAGGACGAUGAGGGGAUAAGUUCUUCGGUUGAUACUGGUGCCGCUGAGGGAACGUCGGAGAAGAAGGAUCCUGGUGCCACUGAUAAUGUGGUUCCUGUCAAUGAUAUUGGAGCAGAAUUGCCCCAGGAAGGAUUGCAGCAAGGUGUUGCUGAUGCUGAAGCUAUGACCCUGACUUGGUCGAAAAAAGUGUUAUUCCUGGUGUUCAUGAACAUUUGGUUCUUGUACUUUGUCAAUGCAUUUCAGGCAUCCGUUUACGACACAAUCAGUCCUUAUGUUGCAAGUUACUAUGAAUACCACUCGUUAUCCGGUCUCCCUACCGCUAUUGGCGAUGCCUGUUCCGCGGCUGUCUAUAUUCCCAUGGGCAAGAUGCUCGAUACUUGGGGUCGAGCUGAGGGGUUCCUGCUCAUGACCGUUUUCUCAACCCUGGGUCUGAUCCUCAUGGCCUCAUGCGAUGGAUUCUCCAUCUACUGCGCUGGAUAUACUUUCUACAUGAUGGGCUUCGGAGGAAUGGAGUACAGUGUGGAUGUCCUCACAGCCGAUAUGACCAAGUUGCAGAACCGAGCUUUUGCCUACGCAUUCACCUCUUCCCCAUACAUCAUUACAGCAUUUGCUGGUCCUACCGUUGGUCAAGAGUUCUAUGCUCUUCCUGGUGAUGGCUGGAGAUGGGGAUUCGGAACCUGGGCGAUCAUCUUCCCUAUCACCGCUGCUCCUCUGUUCUUCACUCUGAAGUACACCCUACGCAAGGCCCAGAAGCAGGGCCAUGCUGUCAGGCUGCCUAGCGGUCGAACAUUCUUCGAGAGCGUGUGGCAUUGGACCCGAGAGUUUGACUUGAUUGGUGUAUUUAUUUUCACCGUUGGUCUCGUGCUCUUCGAACUUCCUUUCGACAUUGCUGAUUACGCCCCCAAUGGUUGGGGAUCCGAUUAUAUCAUUGCUAUGCUUGUUGUUGGGUUCUCUAUGCUUGGCUUCUUUGCUCUUUGGGAGAAGUUCCUGGCUCCAGUGCCUAUGCUGGAUAUCACCUACAUCAAGAACCGUACCGUCAUCGGUGCCUGUCUCCUGGAUGCCACAUACCAAUUGUCCUACUACUGCUGGAACUAUUAUUUCACAUCCUUUCUACAGGUCGUCAACGGACUGACUCCUCAGGAAGCCGGAUGGAUCAACCACAUCUUCGAUAUCGUCUCCGGCGUCCUCUUGCUGUUCGUUGGAUUCGCCAUUUCCAAGACUGGACACUACAAGUGGCUCCUAUAUAUCUGUGUUCCACUCUACAUCUUGGCUCAAGGCCUCAUGAUCUACUUCCGUCACGCUGAAUUUAACGUCGGCUAUCAGAUCAUGUGCCAGGUCUUCAUUGCCAUCGGUGGUGCGUGCUUCAUCAUGGUCGAGCAGCUUGCUAUUCUCGCCGCCGUGGACCACCAGCAUUUCGCUUCGGCUCUUGGUUUGUUGAACGUUGUUGGUACGAUCGGCGACAGUGCUGGCCUUACUAUCAGUACAGUUGUAUGGGAAAACACUUACCCUGUCGCCUUGAGACGUUACCUUCCCGAGUCCGCCAUGUCGAACUUUGACAACAUUUACAACGACCUGGCCACCCAGCGUGGAUACCCGCUCGGUUCGGCUACCAGAAUUGCUAUCCAGAAAGCUUACUCGUACGCUGAGCUGCGCUUGCUUUCUAUCGGUACCGGUAUCAUGGUUCUCGCUGUUGCUUGGACUAUUAUGAUCCGCGAUAUCAAUGUCAAGGAGAAGCCCCAGGUGAAGGGUGUCGUUUUUUAA